GCUUGGCAACAAGUCCCUUUCCCAAGCCAUUCUCCAAGAAAGAUGGGGCGGGAGCUUCUGUAACAUUGUCUCCAAGCUCGAUGUAGUACCGAAACUGUUCUUCACUCCACUUACCUCCUUGACUCUUCAACUGCACUUGUUGCUUCAGUUUUGGCAAGUCGCUAUGGCUUCACCCAGUCCAGAACAGUUAGUUGGAGAACUACAAAAACAAAAUUUCGAUGAAUUCUUCAGCAACGUCAAAAAAUGUGUUAAAGAUGCUGCACAAUCAGAAGAAGGGGCGGGGAACAAUUUGUUUUGGCCAUUGGGAAGCUACCUAUUCUAUUCAGAAGAGGGGGCAAUCUGUCUGGAUAACGCAACUUCUGUUGUUAAGAUGAUGCAUUUGAUGCUCGAGACAGUCUCUCCAACUUCCACUUUUGAGGAUCAUCUGAGGUAUGGUUAUUAUACAAGACCACUUUCUUUGCAGUUCCUGAAAAGAAUAAACAUCAAUGACCUCUCCGAGUCAAGUUACGAAGCUGCUGUCUUCUUGGCAUUACAAUCCUUAGGAAUAGAUCCACAGGAUGACAAUAUUUCAAAACCAGCUAAAGAUUGCCUGCAGAUGGCUCGGCACAUGGGACGUGCGCCGAACCUGAACAAUGCUUAUCUAGCUAUCAAACUAUCUGAGAUAACGCCCUGCAGGGCACAACUUGAGUGGUACAAGGCACACUGCGAUGAGUCCGUGGAUCAACGUGGGUAUUAUGACACAUUCAGGGAAUUUGCAGCAUCCAGGAGGGAGUCCACAAUCGACAUGAACCUGUUCAGACUCGGCGCAUUCUGGGAUAGGGUCAUAGGCAUGGCAGCACGGAAUGAACUCUCGCACGAUUUCCACCGCAGGUCCAAGUGGAUCCAUGCGCCCCAUUCCUACAUGCUCCUCGCCGAGCCAUUGGAAAUCGCACGCUAUUACCGUCAUGGCAUGCACACAAAGAAGGGACAUUACAUCAAGCACGGAAGGAAUAGGAGGUUCCAGAUUUUGGAAAGAUGGUGGAAUCAGAAGGUGGCUGUUGCAGCGCAAGAACCACAACAAAAUAACAACAAAAGGAGUAGGAGCAGGUACGCAAGCUUUACUCAAGAUUCUUUGUUUUGGGCGAGGGUGGAGGAAGCUAAAGACUGGCUCAAGGAUGUGGAAGAGGAACAGGACCUGAAUAAGUUGAAACCGCUUCUGGAGAACAUGAACGGUUUCGAGACGUAUGCAGAGGAGCUAAUUAAGAACAAGGAGGUCUCCAAAGAUGUUGUGCUUAAGAACUCAAGUUACACAUUAUGGGUUGAGAAAUGGAAAGAUUUGAAGUCGAAGCUCUCGCAGCGACCUUCUACUCCUGUUCUGAAUGAAAUGGAUUGUGAUGACAAAGAGAUCAGAUAG